GAGAGUUAAGAAAAACACUUGGCCCGAAAACACCCAACACAACGGUUGUACACAUCGGUUACGACACACAAAUCUGCGUUAUUGGCGAAAAUGUUUCGUUGUGGAAUCUCUUACCCAAGAUGCAGGUGGAUCCUUCCUCUGCUUCUGCUGUUUGCGGUGAUUUUUGACAUUAUUGCCAUCGCAGCGCAGUCUGGAUGGGUUGAAGACCAGGGCGCCAAAACACACUACGCCAGCAUGUGGAAACAGUGUCGAGGCCGCAACGAUAAUUGGGAAUGCAAAUCCCUCAUGGAGAUGCCAUGGGCUCAGGCUGUGGCUGCUCUGAUGAUCAUCGGCCUCAUCAUCCUCAUCAUCGCCUUCAUCAUCUCAUUCGUCGCUCUCUGUUGUACUCUCAACAUUAGUCUGCUGCCUUUAAUUGGAAGCCUCCUUAUUCUGGCUGUAAUUGUCCAGAUAAUUGCUCUGAUCAUCUACCCAGUCAAGUUCAACGAGAUCAUCUACGAAGGUUAUUAUGACUACACCUGGGCGUACGGCUUUGGUUGGGGCGCCACCAUCCUGAUGCUGGGGUGUGGUAUCCUCUUCUGCUGUCUUCCCCGCUAUGAGGAUGAGCUCUCCGGCAUGGCCAAGACCAAAUACAUCUACACCUCUGCCUGAAACCCCCAAAUGUUCCACUGCUCCUAAAGGACUGUGUUUUGCUACCCAAACAUAAAUGUCAAUGCUCACCGCACCACAUUGUGCAAGAUCUCCAAAAGUGUUGUCAUUUUUACCUAAACAAUGUGUAGGAGCUUACUGACUUUGAUGAGGGCUGUGGUGAUGCCCUUGUUCCUUACUCUCGGGACUAAUGCAAACACCUUUUGCUUUUAUUUUAGCUGGAAUAUUUUGGAUGAUUCACAAACAGACUGGGCUUUUGUAUUUUGUCAUGGGAAUCCCCAUAAAGCAUUUUUUCUCAACAUAUGUUUAGUCAUUUGCAUUACAGUGUCCAUGCAAAUGUAAUUAAUUAUAAUAGUAGUAACACUAUCAGAAUGCAUUUCCAAGCACCUCAGAACAUGUAGUUUGUUUGUAUUACUCAGUGCAUACUAAUGUAAUUACACUGUAACUGUAAUUUUUUAUUUUAUUUGUGUAUCUCUUCAACAUCUUUAAAUAUCAGCAUUAAGAGAACCUUUUUGAAAUGUUUAUGCAGUUUUAAAUGAAUGUCAUUCCAUGCUGACCCUGUUUUGUUUAUCAUCAUAGCAGUAAUGUAUAAUAGACUGCACACUUGAAUAUCUCCAAAGUGCUCUUACUGUCAGCAAAUAAUUCAUGGUUUGUGUGUGACUGGCCAAGGUCAGUGUGAAUGGAUAGGUUUUUAUAUUAAAAGUAAGCUUAGUUUUUCAGCAAAAUAGAUGAUAAAAAAAUAGUCUGAUUUUUUUAAAGCUUAAAAAAUAUCUUGAUACAUUUGUGCCUUGAUAAAUUCACAGCUUAAAAUAAGUACCUGAUUCUCUCGAUGCUUGUGUGGAAAAUAAAAAUACAAGCACAAGGAGAUUUUAUAUAAAAGUAUACUCAGCUAGGUUUGUAAACUAUGUAAUGUUGUAGGUUUUCUCUACAUUCUGACUAAAUGUUUUCACUGUUUUGAAGGUUCUAUCAACUGAGGUUCUUUUUGUAAACCAAUCUUCAAUAAAAAGGGAUAUUUACUAUUAA